AUGAAUUUCUUUCUGGGCUUACAAGUAAAUCAGACUAAAGGAGGAAUACUGAUCAACCAGUCAAAGUAUGCCAAAGAACUGAUCAACAACUUUGGCAUUCAAUGUAUGAAAUCAGUAAAGAUUCCAAUGAACACCAACUGGAAGUUGGAUCUAGGAUCUGAAGGAAAAUCUGUAUCAUCAACAAAGUACAGAAAGAUCAUUGGAUCACUACUCUAUUUGACUGCUAGCACACCAGACAUUGCAUUUGCAGUCGGAGUUUGUGCGAGAUAUCAGUCAGACCCAAAGGAAGCUCAUAUGGACGCUGCGAAGCGCAUUCUAAGAUAUCUCAAAGGCACACCCAACUUACAUCUUUGGUAUCCAGCUGACGACAAAUUCAAGCUUAUUGGAUACUCAGACUCAGAUUUUGCGGGAUGCAAAAUUGAUCGGAAAUUAACUUCAGGAACUUGUCAGUUCCUAGGCAACAAGCUUAUAUCAUGGUUCUCAAAGAAGUAG